CUCUUUGGAAUCUUUCUCUUUCUCUUUCUCUUUCUCUUUCUUAUCUUCACAAAGUCACACUUGGCCAUGGGUAUGGAGUGUCAGUUUCCUUUCACGUGCUCUCUCCUCCACGAAAUCUUCGAUUUCCCUCUCCUCUCCAUUAUUAUUUCUUCUCUAAUCACUCUCACCCACACUCCACAUAGACAGCCAUGCAUAUGCAUCUCCUUCUUUCCAACCACUCAUGACCUCAAACCACUCUCCAAUGGCUGCUCUACUCAAAUCCACCAGAUAUUCAUGCGCUAUUUGCAUAAUCAUUCUCGGAUUGCUGUGUAUGAAAGGUGAUUGCGAUGGUUCACAGCUUUUUAUCAAGUUACUGAACACGCCUGAACCAAUCUCCAAUCUUAACUCGCCUACAUUUGCUUUCCAAGUUGGUAAUGCCGACUCUUCUUCUUGCUCCAAUUGUACCUCUAGCUGCAAGCUCGAUGAUCUUCCGGCAUCGAAUUGUUCAACGGGAGAAGUUUCUUACACUAAAUUACAAGACGGAAACCAUACAUUCGAGGUGUGCAGCAACAACGGAUCUAAUCAGCUUCGUUGUGCUUCCUAUAACUGGACAGUCGAUACUGUUCCCCCAACGGCAUCUGUUGCAGCAGCAUCAUCAUUCACAAACGCUUGGAACGCUACCGUGUAUAUAUCCUUCUCCGAACCCUGCGGCGGCGUUGGUGGUGGUUUUAGAUGUUUGUCCGCCAAUGAGUGCAGCCUUCUAGUUUAUGGUGCUGGGCAAGUCAUUCCAAAGACGCUAAAAACCAUCAAGCCAAAUCUCAAAUAUUCCAUUUUAGUAAAUUUGUCUCCAAUCGUUGAAUAUGGAAGAGUCGUGUUAGUAACAGAUAAAGGUUUCUGUACUGAUGCAGCUGGAAAUCAAUUUACACGCACAGCUAAUUCCAGUUUCUUUCUUCAUUUUGAUAGAAGAAGUGUAUAUGUUGACAUGAGGACUCAUAUACCCGAGCAACUACUUCAGCUCGAUAACAGUGUUAGAUCUGUUCAAGCAACUAACAAACAAAAAAACUUGAAGUUAUAUCUAUAUUUCACUGAGCCUAUAGUCAACACAUCGACACAAGUAUUGAAAUCUCUUCAAAUUAGUGAAGGAUCUCUUGUUUCAGCCACUGGGAAUAAUGACAGCCUUGGAAACAGAAGAUUUGGGUUUCAACUUGUAAAUAUUUCCGAUAUUGCCAUUGUCACUGCAAGACUGGAUUUGGGAUUAGUUUUCAGCAGACAAGGCACCCCGGUUUCUCCCAUCGCACCGGUUACUUUUCUUUUUGAUUCUCAAAGGCCUCAUGUGAGGUUAAGUACCACGAGUCAUAUGAGGACACGACAAGAGCAUAUUCCGGUGACCAUAAAGUUUAUGAAACCGGUUUUCAGUUUUAAUUCGUCUCACUUAUCUAUUUCUGGAGGAGUGAUGCAAGGAUUUCGAGAAAUAAGUAAGAGUGUUUACUCACUCGAGAUUCAACCAGUUGAAGACAUGGUGUUGGUGCAAGUUCCUGAAAAUGUAACUACAGAUGUAGCCGGAAACAAAAAUCUAGCAUCGAAUACAUUACAAUUAUUACACUAUUCUAUACCCUGUGCAUCCUUGGCGCUUUCUUGCACGGCAACAGCUGCUUUUGUGUUGACUGCCGUGGUUGCAACCGUUCUCACCAUUUCCACCGCUUCCCUCCAAAAUUACGGAGCAUUUGCAACUCCGUCUCCUUUAUUAACUUCAAGUCCCGCAAGAAUUCUUUUUCGAAUUGUGUGCCACAUUCAAGUCUUUGCGUUAUCUGGAUGGCUAGCUGUUCCUUUGCCAAUCGAGUAUAGUGAAUUUGUGAAGGGUCUAAGAUGGAGUAUACCCUACUUCAAACUCCCAUGGGAAACUGAAUACGUUCAGCCAGUUUGGCCUACAAAUCCACAUUCAUAUAAUCCUACAACCUACAAUUCUGCAUCUCAAAGUAUGCAACUUAAAGCCACGACUGGAGAAAAACCCGACUCAGUAUACGGAUUGCCACUCACCGCAAUGGAGUAUAAGUCAUUUUUUGAGAGCCAAAAUGCGAUACCUGAGGCCGAAUACAUUAUGGAUCCCAAUGAUUCCAAUGGGUGGAAGGAUUUCAAUCGGAGCAUGUUUUGGCUAGCGAUCAUCAGUGGAGGCUUGAUUAUUCUGCAUAUACUGAUCCUUCUUUUACUAAAACUUAAAAAGAAGAAAGAAAAAGAAAACAAUUACAUCUCAAUCGUAUUCCCAAGAUUUGAAAUGUUUCUAGUCAUUCUUGCAGUCCCUUGUGUUUCUGCAGCUUCAGCAGCUCUACUCAAAGGUGGAUCAGCUUCAGGGGAUUUCAGUGGGCGUUCUUCUAUUAGGAUCCGUGUUUUUCCUAAUACUCGCAUUGUUUCUGUUCCUUUCUGUGGGAAUAUCAUUCGGGAAGUUACUUCAAUACAAAGAAGUUCAUCAAGAAGAUCAAGAUAUCCACUGGUAUCAAUCACUAGUGAAGAGGGUCCACCCAAAUACAUGCUCUCUCAAAUCACCGGAGGAGUGGAUUAUCGCACAACCGGAGGCAGUAUCAUCGCAUCAGACGAUGAAAACGAAGACGCAGAAGCACCGUUUGUCCAAAAGAAGCCGUUCAUUAAGAAGAAGGUUCAAUUGGUGGAGAUAAUUUCCGUUUCGAGUCAACUUGCGAUUUUUGCGAUCUGUUUGGUUCUUUUGAGGAACGAUUUUUCUAUACACGAACAGAUGAAGAUCGGGAUCGCCAUGCUUUGCUUGUUCUUGUUCGCUUUCGUGGCGCAGAUUCUGAACGAAUGGAACGCUUUGAUCUGUCAGUUAAAAACAGCUUGA